AUGAUUUCAUCCAACAUCCCAGACUUUCAAAAACGCCCAACUUUGCUUCAUCUUAAACUUGUAUUCAUAGCCAAGAACUACCAGCACUUCAUGGCCUUAGUAUUUGCAAUCACAGAGAUCAACAAGGAUUUAGUUCUCCUGCCCAACAUCACCCUUGGAUUCAAUAUCUAUAGCAAUUUCCAGAUUGAGAUGUCUAUUUCCUCAAACAGCCUCUCUCUGCUCUCUACACGAGGCCGAAUGGUUCCAGGUUAUAAAUGUGACAGGCAGGAUAUUCUGCUCUCUGUUGUUGGAAGUCUCAGCUCCAAAUCCUCUAGGCUGAUGGCCUCCAUCUUCAGCAUCUUUAAGGUUCCAAAGAAGGUGCCCUUUGCCAGGUGUGGCAUGAAGAGGUGUAAUGUAGGAGAGAGGAGAAAUGUUCCAGAGGGUGAACAGGUGUGCUGCUACCAAUGUAGCCCUUGUCCAAAAGGGACCAUUUCAAAUAAGACAGAUGCAGCCCAAUGUGACCCUUGCCCAGAAGACCAAUACCCCAACAAGCACAAAGUCCACUGUAUUGCCAAGAAGCUCCACUUCCUUGCCUAUCAAGAGACCCUGGGAUACACUUUAGUAUCUUUAGCUCUUUCUCUCUCUGUGAUCACAUCCGCAGUUCUGAUGAUUUUCCUUAAACAUUGUGAUACAGCAAUUGUCAAAGCCAACAACCGAGAUCUCACCUACAUCCUCCUGGUCUCCCUCCUGUUUUGCUUCUUCUGCACCUUCCUUUUCAUUGGUCAACCCACGAAGCUCACCUGUCUCUUCCGACAAACUGCCUUUGCAAUUUUCUUUUCCUUUGCUGUUUCCUCUAUCUUGGCAAAAACUGUCAUGGUGGUUCUGGCCUUCAUGGCCACCAAGCCAGGGAACAAGACAAGGAAAUUCUUAGGAAAACCACUGACCAACUCCAUUGUCUUAGCCUGUCCCCUGGUCCAAGCAGUUCUUUGUGCCAUUUGGCUGGGAACCUCUCCGCCAUUUCCCAAAUUUGACUUCCACUCCUUGUUUGGAGAGACCAUCUUGGAAUGUAAUGAAGGCUCAACUUCAAUGUUUUACCUUGUCCUGGCCUAUCUAGGUUUUCUGGCACUAAUCAGUUUCAUGGUAGCAUUUCUGGCUAGGAAGUUGCCUGACAGCUUUAAUGAAGCCAAGUUCAUUACUUUCAGCAUGCUGGUCUUCUGCAUUGUUUGGAUCACCUUCCUCCCCACCUACCUGAGCACAAAAGGGAAGUCCAUGGUGGCCGUGGAGAUCUUCUCCAUUUUGGCCUCUGGAGCUGGUCUCCUGGCUUGUAUCUUUUUCCCCAAAUGCUACAUUAUCCUACUGAGACCCAAUCUUAAUUGCAGAGAAAGCAUCAUAAGAAUUUCUAAUUAA